AUGGAGAAGAAGAACAUUUCUGAGGUGUCUGAAUUUGUUCUGCUAGGACUAUCUCAGGUUAAGGAAGUAGAACUUGUGCUCUUUUUUUCCUUUGUUUUCUUCUAUUCAUUGAUCUUACCUGGAAACAUCCUUAUUAUUGUUACUAUCUGGAUGGAUCACCACUUGGAAUCCCCAAUGUAUUUCUUCUUAGCCAACCUAGCCUUCCUUGACAUUUGCUACUGUUCUGUCAUCCCACCAAAGAUGCUAGCUGAUUUUUUAUGUCAACACAAAACAAUUUCCUAUGGUGGGUGCAUGUGCCAGCUCUUUUUCUUGCAUUUCUUGGGAACAGCUGAGAUGUUUCUUCUAAUGGCCAUGGCCUAUGACAGGUAUAUGGCCAUCUGUAGACCUCUACAAUACCUACAUUUUGUGAGCAGACAUGUAUGCUGUAUCCUUGUGGGGGCUUCAUGGACUGGGGGGUUUAUUCAUGCUAUUAUUCUUGUCAUUUUAACCCAUCAACUCCCCUUCUGUGGUCCCAAUGCCCUGGAUAAUUUCUUUUGUGAUGUCCAUCAAGUUAUCAGACUAGCUUGCGCUGAUACCUAUAGAGUGGAAGUCCUUACGUUUAUCAACAAUGGUCUUGUUAUAUUGACCUCCUUCAUACUCUUACUAGUCUCGUAUGCAAUCCUUUUGCUCAGACUAAAAACCAGUGCUACACAAAGUAAGAGCAAAGCUUCAUCCACCUGUGUCACCCACAUUAUCAUUAUCUUUGUGAUGUUCACCCCAGCAACCUAUCUCUACACACGACCUUCUGAGCCCUUACCCAUGGACAAGGUGGUGGCUGUGUUCCUUACUAUGAUCUUUCCAUUAUUAAACCCGGUGAUCUACACAAUGAGAAACAAAGAAAUAAAGAGCUCUAUGAAGAAGUUAAUCAAAAGGCACAUAUUCUUGGCUACCCCUUAA